AUGAGGUCCAGAAUUAGGGCGCUGCGCCUCUUUCUGGCCGUUUCCUCAUGUAUAUCACGUUCAGAACAACGAAAGGAUCCUUUAAAAGACUUCUGUCGCAUAUUUGGACAUCAAACUACCGUGGUGGACCGUCGGAUGAUCGUCGAUGGAGGGUUGGUGAAUUUUGCACCGUUAUCAGCUAGCUCCCUCAACUACUCGAGCACAUGGAUGAGAAGCGGCGACCUCAACAACACCAACGAAGGAUUUCCAAAAUAUGUCACGGUCACGAAGAACGAAUCCGUGCCCUCUGUGCAUGGAGGUGUGCUAUGGGCCGAUGCGACCAAUAAGCAAGUAUACAUGUACGGCGGAGAGUUCGGAGACGGCCAGCCACAGGACUUUCAAUUGUGGUUCUAUGACCUUGAGUACGAUUCGUGGAAUACAACUAGCCCCAGCGGUUCGAAUGUUCAACGAGCAGCAUGGGGUGCAGGCGCUGGAGCGACGGAUCAGGCCAAGGCUAUAGGAUACUACUACGGCGGGUAUCUCACAAAUGCUUCAGUUCCUGGAUAUGGGGCUCAAACCCCGCUCUCCAACAUGGUUGUAUACGACAUGAUUGAAAAUUCAUUCCGGAACCAGUCUGGUCCUGACAAUACCCCGCGCGCUGAAGGGGUGAUGCAGUAUGUCCCUGUAGGUGAUGCGGGCCUCCUAGUUUACUUCGGUGGACUGGAAUUUCCGAAUGGAGGAUCUAGCAGAGGACCUCAGGAAAUCCUGGUCUACAGCAUCGGUGACGAUCUUUGGUACAGACAGACAGCAACCGGUGACAUUCCUGAACAACGUCGAAGAUUUUGUGCGGGCCUGGCGCAUGCCCAAGAUCGAUCUUCUUUCAAUAUCUACUUAUACGGCGGUGCCUCAAUUGGCGACGGAGUCGGCUUCGGCGAUGUUUACGUGCUUAGCUUGCCAUCAUUCACCUGGAUAAAAUUCUGGCCAAGACCAGAGGAUGGCGUGGGUGCGACCUUUCCCCAUCACUCCCUCAGCUGCGAUGUUGUUGGCAACUCGCAGAUGAUCAUCAUGGGCGGGCAUUUCCCGAACAUGACCAACGACUGCGACAUGCCCAUGGUCUACGGCCAACACGGUCUCGAUCUAGGCAAAAACAACCCCCUGGGCGCAAAAUGGGCCUCCUACAACCCAAACCUCACGACCUACCAGGUCCCCACCGAAAUCGCCAGAACCAUUGGCGGAGGCCCAACCGGCGGUGCAACGGUGACGACACCCGUAGCCGGCUUCCGUGAACGAGACCUGCAGGUCCAAUUCGCAAGGGAAUACAACCCCUCAUCGCGAACGCCGACGCGACAUCUACCUCUCGAGACAGGAGAGCCAGCGCCCGAACCCGAGGGUCCUAGCCGGCGCGCGGUCAUCGGCGGAGCAGUUGGAGGGUCCCUCGGCGCUUUACUCGUCGUCGGCGGAAUGGGCUUCUUCCUCUUCCGUCGAAGAUUGAGAAACAGGGUGUAUGGCGUGCAACAGCUUCAAUCGCGAGACGACCAACCUGUCUCCGAAAUCCCCUCGCAUCCGCGCGACCGUCUCCGCUUGUACACCAACGUACCAGCUCAGCCAAUUCAGCACUCUCAUUCCCAAUCCCAGAUCCAAUCAUCAGGAUCGCCUCCUUCGGAAUGGUCUUCGCAAUGGGGUUCCCCUGUACCGGAGUACUACGGUCCCUCGCCGCAACAGGGUGGUCAAGGGGAUUUCUCAGAUACGAAGCAUGCGUCCUUGAUGCAACCGCCUCAGGAACUACCACCCUGCCCGGAACCGCAAGAGCUACCUUGUACGGGACCCAAGGGGACGGGAUUGCCGUGCUCACCGUCGCCGCAUGUGCGGUCCAAGUCGAAAUCCGGGACCUCGAAUCCGGUGGCGGCUCGCAAGGCGAGUAAGUCUGCAACGAGUUUGCCAAAGUCGUGAUAUCAGU